CACCCAUUGUUCUUGAUCCCGACGAGCUCACAUCUGGAUGCCCUCAACUUCCCUUCAGUCGCGCAUAAAUGCGUUUGAAAACAUCUCAAAGUCGCCCGCUCGGCCUCAAGUACCCGCGAAGCCCAACUUGAAUGGGAUGCUUUCUGAAAUACCGAGGUCACAGUCGGGCUCGCCACUAGGUGUAGACAGGAAAGCGUCCCUCUUAGACCUGAAAGACUGGGUCCUAGACGACGGACUCCCUUCACCAUCGCCGGCGCAGACGUACAAAGUUUACGAGCCAAAGAAGGCGCCACCAAAAUCUGGUCUCCUCAUCAACCUCGAGUCCCCGACGAGCACGACGAACGGGAAGGCGCCCCCUCUCCCUCCACGCAAACCCUCCUUCGCAUCUCUCAAAUCAGUCUCCUCGGUCUCGUCCGCAAAACCCGCACAGGGCGCGCCCGCGGAGCACACAUAUCCCCCCGGCAAGCUCGAUGUCCCGCAAAAGAGCUCAGGACACGCGCCCACCUCGUCUGUCUCCUCCUUCCACUCCGUCUCUCUCUCCGAGGACACCGACCUCGCCUCGUCGCCCAGCCCCAGCAGCUCCUCGCAGUACAUCGCGACGUACCCCGUCGAUCUAGCCGGCAGCGAGGCGGACUCCGCGAGCCUUGGAGGCGAGUCGUUCGAGGACGUUGCUGCUUCAUCGUACGGCAGCCCCACGUCCGCCGCUCUGAUUGCGCGCGACUGGGAUAAAGCGCGUGCCAUGCAGAAAUCGGCUCCUCCAAAGCUACCCCAGCGCCCUUCGGCGGCUGCCAGUGCCGCUGCUGCAGCUGCUGCAGCCGCUUCUGCGUCCACCCCACGCCUGCCAUCUCUCAAGAUGCCGUCUCCUCCCCCGGUACGAUCGUCAGCCUCGACGUCACCGUCUACUUCUAGCCCAUCCUCGCCCUAUGUGAUCUCCCCCGCGUCCACUUCCAGCGUUGUGACCGCUAUCGGCCGCAGAGCUCCUCCACCUGCACCCCCCUCCCGUUCCUCUACCUCCGAUCGCUCCUCUAUCCUCAGCACUGCGACCUCUCAGACCUCCAGCUCUACGCACAAUAACCGCAGUGCCGGGCCAUCCAAACUUGUGCUCUCGCGGCCGACGCCGGUGCCGCCGGCAGCGCGCGCGCGGUAUGAAACCGUGUUCAAUGGGAACGUCGUACAAAGCAGGAAGGCUGCGCAGAAGAAGCCUACGCUAUUGAGUCCAUCCGCAGCUCGGAAGACCAGGCAGGCAGCAGGGUGGCGCGGACUGUCCGUCGACUUGAUCACGGGGGAGGACGGCCAUCCGUUGAACGACAGUAACGAUAUAGAGGUGGAUCAGGCGGUCACGGACGAGGACAGGCUGGAUGGUCGUGUCGUGCGCCUCAUAUGGCAGCGGUCAAGGUUGGAGAAGCACAAGCUCGCGCAGAUAUGGAAUGAGGUCGAUGCCAUUCAAAGAGGUUCGCUAGAUCGAGAUGCGUUCGUGAGGGGGAUGUGGCGCAUCGACGAGGAGUUGCGAAGAGCGCAAAUGCGCAAGUCGACGCUCUCGUCCGGCACGCGUCUGCGUCCCCCUCCACCUCCGCCGAGGACAAAACCGCGGCCUAUACUGAGCUAGUUGGCUCGAACUCGGCUCAUUUGUCGUACGUCUGCCAUUAUACCCUCGUCCUCGGGGACUAUGCUUCCCCGCAUGUACCCAUCGCAUAUUGCUGUCGUUAUAUCACUCACACACGCCUGUCGUUAUUAGAGGGAAAUUAUGCAUUCAGAAGGCUGUUACGGCGCGAUGCUUGCAGUCAAGCGUGCUUGCCGACCGACCACCGCUGUCGCCCAUCGGGUAUCGUUGGUACACCUCAUCCACUGCGAGGAAGUGGCUCGGUCGUCAACAAGAGAGGGCCAGGCCGCGAUGUUCAUUUGUGUCGAGACCUGCAUCGAUGGUAAUCAUACACGAGUGUAAGGCCUUGUCAGUGUCUCGGAAAGGGGCAUCUCUCUGCAGAAAACACAGCACAGCUAGAUGAGACUCUUGAGUACCAGCUUCUGUAGAGAUUUCUGCGUAUUCCAAUCGAG